AGUGUGAUGAACGUGCCUGACUUUGACUUCCCUCCCGAAUUCUAUGAGCAUGCCAAGGCUCUGUGGGAGGAUGAAGGAGUGCGUGCCUGCUACGAACGCUCCAACGAGUACCAGCUGAUUGACUGUGCCCAGUACUUCCUGGACAAGAUCGACGUGAUCAAGCAGGCUGACUAUGUGCCGAGCGAUCAGGACCUGCUUCGCUGCCGUGUCCUGACUUCUGGAAUCUUUGAGACCAAGUUCCAGGUGGACAAAGUCAACUUCCACAUGUUUGACGUGGGUGGCCAGCGCGAUGAACGCCGCAAGUGGAUCCAGUGCUUCAACGAUGUGACUGCCAUCAUCUUCGUGGUGGCCAGCAGCAGCUACAACAUGGUCAUCCGGGAGGACAACCAGACCAACCGCCUGCAGGAGGCUCUGAACCUCUUCAAGAGCAUCUGGAACAACAGAUGGCUGCGCACCAUCUCUGUGAUCCUGUUCCUCAACAAGCAAGAUCUGCUCGCUGAGAAAGUCCUUGCUGGGAAAUCGAAGAUUGAGGACUACUUUCCAGAAUUUGCUCGCUACACUACUCCUGAGGAUGCUACUCCCGAGCCCGGAGAGGACCCACGCGUGACCCGGGCCAAGUACUUCAUUCGAGAUGAGUUUCUGAGGAUCAGCACUGCCAGUGGAGAUGGGCGUCACUACUGCUACCCUCAUUUCACCUGCGCUGUGGACACUGAGAACAUCCGCCGUGUGUUCAACGACUGCCGUGACAUCAUUCAGCGCAUGCACCUUCGUCAGUACGAGCUGCUCUAAGAAGGGAACCCCCAAAUUUAAUUAAAGCCUUAAGCACAAUUAAUUAAAAGUGAAACGUAAUUGUACAAGCAGUUAAUCACCCACCAUAGGGCAUGAUUAACAAAGCAACCUUUCCCUUCCCCCGAGUGAUUUUGCGAAACCCCCUUUUCCCUUCAGCUUGCUUAGAUGUUCCAAAUUUAGAAAGCUUAAGGCGGCCUACAGAAAAAGGAAAAA